AUGCCAUAUCGAAGUGCUCUCGUUGGGCUUGCCAGCUUCGCCGGAGCCACCACUGCAGCGUCAACACUGGGCGCAUACAAUGUCGACCCCUCUUCAGUCUCGGUCUCUGGUCUAUCGAGCGGUGGCUUCUUUUCAGCACAGCUUGGCGUAGCAUACUCGAACGUCUUCCAGACCGGGUUUGGUGUCUUCGCAGGUGGUCCAUUUGAUUGUGCUCGUAAUCAAGCGUACACAUCGUGCAUGUACAAUGGAAAUCCAUCAAUCACCACUCCAAUUGCUAAUAUGAAAUCCUGGAGCGGUAAUCAAAUUGCCCCUACCAGCAAUUUAAAGAAUCGCAAGAUCUAUCUAUGGACCGGAUCAGCCGACACCACUGUUGGACCAAACGUGAUGAACGCGCUGAAUUCUCAGCUCAGUAACUUCGACACCUCGGCCGAUGUCUCCUAUGUGACAACCAGCGGCGCUGUUCAUACAUUUCCUACUGACUUCAGUGGCUCGGGCGACAAUUCUUGCUCCAUGUCUUCUUCGCCGUAUAUCAGCAAUUGCAACUAUGAUGGAGCAGGAGCCGUCUUGCAAUGGAUGUAUGGAUUCCUGAAUGCGAGAAACACAGGUACAUUAUCCGGUAGUAUUGUCUCCUUUGCCCAGACCGGCGCUUAUGGUGCGGCUGGCAUGGAUAGUACUGGGUAUUUGUAUGUUCCUGCCAGUUGCCAGGGCGGCAGUACUGUUUGCAAGCUUCAUGUGGCUCUACAUGGCUGCUUGCAAAGCUAUAGCAAUAUUCAGAUGGAGUUUGUCCAAAACACCGGGUAUAAUAAAUGGGCUGAUACCAAUAACAUCAUCAUUCUCUAUCCACAAGCCAUCCCCGAUAACACAAUCCACUCCACUUGGGAGGGCUCUCUGAGCAACCCCAACGGCUGCUGGGACUGGGUCGGCUGGUACGGCAGCAACGCAGAUCAGAUCGGAGGUGUGCAAAUGGUUGCAAUCGUCAAUCAAGUCGCACAGAUCAUAAGUGGUAGCACUGGCGGGGGUAGCACCACGCUUACCACCUCCACUAAGCCCUCCACAACCACUACUUCUGCAGCUGGGUCCGGAACAGGUGCCCCAUUGUAUGGACAGUGCGGAGGCUUUGGGUGGACUGGUCCGACAACUUGUGCCCAAGGCGUCUGCACGGCUUACAGUGCAUUUUACGCUCAAUGUCUACUUCCCCUGUAG